GGGUCCACGCGCUCACAGCCAUGACAGCAGGAGUACUUUGGCAAAUGCUGUAUUUUGACGUCGAAUAGGCAACACGGCCUGCUAAUUUGGUUUAAAUAGGACAGAUGAAAUCCUGAAUUAUGUUUAAAACAGCUGCCUCUGCGUUCGCGCGACAUGUGCGUAAACUUCCCGGAUCUGGGUCGUCCAUGUUUUCAGCAUUGGUUAAGAAGUCACCGGGGGUCGUGGCUUUGCCAGGAAAGCUGGAUAGUAGGUCACAACACCGGGGGGAGCUCCCAAAGACGCCAAACGCCAGGUUCGUGUCCCUGUCCUCGAAAACAGACGCGGACUCGGUCGAUCCAGCUCCAGGCCCACCUGACCGGGAGAGCUUUGGUUCCUUGUCUUCCGAGUGGUCCUCCAGGACUUCGUAUAAGAAAAGCAGCCCGAGUGUUAGGGAUGCUGUUGCCAUGGACGACGAGGAGGAUGUACAUCAACAUUUGAGGAGGCCAGGAAGGAGAAAUACUACUUACUGGUACUUCUUGCAGUGCAAAAAACGGAUAAAAGAAAACAAACUGCAGGAGGCCCUGGAUUUGUUCAGUAGAAACAUGCUGAAGGAGGAGAGGCUGCAGCCAGAGGAGUACAACUACUCUGUCCUGAUUGGAGGCUGCGGUCGAGCUGGACAACUCAAGAGGGCCUUCAAACUCUACAAUGAUAUGAAGAAGAGAGGUCUGAUUGCGUCCGACGCCACCUACACGGCAUUGUUCAAUGCCUGCGCCGAGGCGCCCUCAAAGCCAGCCGGCCUCCAUCAAGCGCUGAAACUGGAACAGGAGCUGCGGCGCAAAAACUACCCGCUUAGCACCAUCACGUACCACGCUCUUCUGAAAACCCACGCCAUCACAAACCACCUGCAGGCCUGCAUUCACACUCUCAGGGAGAUGCUCCAAAAUGGACACACAGUGACUUCAGAGACGUUUCACUACCUACUGAUGGGCUGCUUGAAGGACAAAGAAACUGGGUUCAGACUGGCGUUACAGGUGUGGCGCCAGAUGCUACAGUCGGGAAUUCUUCCAGACUCAAAGAACUACAAUCUGCUCUUAAGAACCGCCAGGGAUUGUGGGAUUGGAGAUUCUGCCUUGGCCAGCAGCAUUCUUCUGAAGACUGAGUGUGGAGGCCAGAAGGAAAGGGGCGAUGUCUGGAGCACAAGUUGCAAGGGUGUUGUAGAUGUGGACCAUCUGGAGAGGCAGCUGUUUCCUGAGCCACAUCCUGGUGGUCAGCAGGACAGGAGGCAGAGUCAGGAUGACCAUCCAACCAGUCUGAUAUCGGUCAGACAAACAGAAAACCUCUCACUACCGGCUGACGUGGUCGCUGACUCUGAAGCACCCAACCUGCUGGAGCUUUUUGAGGGGAAAAGAGCGGCCGUUGUCUCACUUGGCUCCGUGGACGGAGCGUCUGACAGGCUGGAUCUCAUUGGUGGAGCCAAAGGCUUCCUGGAGAAGAUGGCAGCCAGCAGACUCAGUCCAGAUCUGAAAACUCUGACUUUGCUUGCGGACUUGAUGGAACCAGGUGACCAGUCUUUGCGGGUGUUGCUGAAGGUCGCCAAAGAGCAUCGGGUAAAGCUCGACGUCGCCUUUUUUAACUCUGUGAUCCGCUCAUCGGCCAAAGCUGGUAACCUGGAGGAGGCAAAGGGUGUUCUGCGUGUGAUGCGACAGCGUAACGUCAGUGUUAACGUGCAGACAUUUGGCUGUCUGGCAUUGGGCUGUGAUCGGCAGGAGGACGGCCUUCAGCUGCUGCAGGACAUGAAGCUUGCAGGCCUGAGACCCAACGUCCACGUGUUCUCUGCUCUGAUUGGUCGUGCGACUCGCAGACUGGAUUACAUCUACCUCCAAACACUUCUGAAGACCAUGAAGGAAAGCAGUGUGUUCCCUAAUAAGGUCAUCAUCAGACAGCUGGAGUUUGCUGCUCAGUAUCCUCCCAACUACAACCAGUACAAAUCCAGAAACAACUACCUGGUCCAAAUUGAUGGUUUCCGCGGUUACUACCAGCAGUGGCUAAGGGAUUGUCCGGCUCAGGAUGACGAAGAGUACCAGAAGAUGCAAACUGAGGUGGAGGAUUCAGCUCUAAACACAGAUGGACUCGAGGAACGUGAAAGCAGCCGGCAGCGGGGUUAAUUCUCACCACACAGACGAGAAGAACAAGACUGUAUCAACCGUGUAACAACACUGUAAAAUUCUAUCCUCUGAUGGCCGUUCACAUAAAGGCUCAUUAACCUUUUCAUUAAAAAAAACAUUUAUGUUGCACA